CAAUAUAAUAAACAAUAUGGGUUUUUACUAUCUUGUACUCAUUUUUGCUCUUGCCAUUUUCUCCUUCUCCAUCACCCCAAGUUCAUUUGCCCUUGAGGAUUCAUGUAUGACCAGUAAUAUUAAAGCCGCGGCCUAUAAUAACUACAAAGAUGCCCUUAGCAAAGCUAUAUUGUUUUUUGAAGGGCAGCGUGGAGGGAUAUUGCCUUCUUCCCAGCGAGUCAAGUGGCGAGCCAACUCGUCCCUCUCCGACGGACAGCCUGAUAAUGUGGAUUUGAGUGGAGGCUACUACGACGCCGGGGACAAUGUGAAGUUUACAUGGCCGAUGUCAUUUACGGUGACUUUGUUGAGUUGGGCGGCGAUCGAGUACCAAAACGGUAUUACUUCCGCCGGAGAGAUUAACCACCUCAGGGAAGCAAUUCGAUGGGGGGCCAAUUUCCUAGUCAAAGCACACUCUUCAUCCAAGGGGGCAACCACCCUUUAUUCUCAGGUCGGUUAUGCAAUCGCUGAUCAUGCUUGUUGGGAGCGUCCGGAGGAUAUGGACACUCCACGGACACUGUACAAGAUUAGUUCCUCUUCGCCGGGAUCGGAGUUGGCCGGCGAGGCAGCGGCCGCCCUUGCCGCCGCAUCCAUUGUUUUCAAGACGGUUGAUCCCAAGUACUCGCGUACACUAUUACGCCGCUCUACAUCGCUAUUCAAGUUUGCUGACCAGAAACAAGCAACUUUCUCUUUGUCUUGCCCUUUCUAUUGCUCUUUCAACGGUUUUCAGGAUGAAUUACUAUGGGCAGCUGCAUGGGUAUAUAAGGCGAGUGGAGAUAAGAAUUACCUGAAAUAUGUGAGCAAUAAUCAGGGAUGGAGCAAAUCUGUUUCAGAGUUUAGUUGGGACAACAAGUUUGCUGGAGCUCAGACGUUAUUAGCUAAUGAGUACUUCGCUGGAAACAAAAACUUGGAAAAGUAUAAAAACGACGCCGAGUCAUUCAUUUGUGCAUUGAUGCCUGGAAGUGGUUCUGUGCAGUUUAAAACAACCCCGGGUGGUCUUCUUUUCAUAAGAGAUAGCAGCAAUUUGCAGUAUGCAACCGGUGCGACGAUGGUACUAUUCAUGUACUCGGGGAUCCUUGAUCGAUCCGGAGGAGGAGGAGAAGGAGGAGUUAAAUGUGCUUCUGCCACUUAUACUUCCUCACAAAUCAAAGCAUUCGCAAAGUCACAGGUAGACUACAUACUAGGAAACAACCCGAAGAAAAUGUCGUACAUGGUUGGUUUCGGGGAUUCCUAUCCAAAGAAUCUCCACCACAGAGGUUCGUCCAUCCCCUCCAUCGUAUCUGUCCACCCAGACAAGAUCGGCUGCCAGGACGGCUAUAACUGGUUAAACUCCGCACAGCCGAACCCGAACGUCCACACCGGAGCAAUCGUCGGCGGACCCGACUCUUCCGACAACUUCUUAGACUCCCGGUCGGAAUAUGCGCACUCCGAACCCACCACAUACAUGAAUGCUGCCUUUGUUGGAUCCGUUGCUGCUUUGCAAUCAACCUAGCUAGCUAGUGCUAAAGAAAAUACUUCAGUUGAAUUGAUUUCUGAUAUAUUUGAACUUAUCAUAGCAUACCCGUAGUGUAGUUAAUUAGGAUGAUGAAUACGUAGUAUAUAUACUUGGUAUUUAUUUAUGUUGUCAUGGGUUGUAAUAAAUUAAACGAUACCAGUAAUAAUAUUGAAGCAUGCAUAAUUUGCAUAUAAUUAUUAAAGU